AUGAAGAUAAAGACGACGUCGAUACUGCCGUUCAAGCUGGUGAACGACCUUUCCCACCACGACUCGUACGUGCAUGGGAAGUGGGUGCAGGCCAGAUCUGGGCGUCUUUUCGCCGUCGUCGACCCAUUUUCCGGCAAGGAACGGGCCUCGUGUCCGGACAACACAGUCAAAGGCGUAGAAGCGGCGGUUGCGUUUAGCUAUAACGCGUUCCAACAGUACUCGACAAGCAUCACCCCGCGAACCCGCGCGCGGCUCCUCAUGAAGUGGUACGACGUCUGCUUGUCCGCGCGCGAGGAUUUGGCGACACUACUCACCUACGAGAUCGGAAAACCUCUAGCCGAAGCAAAAGAGGGGAUUGAUUGUUCCCUUGGCUUUCUCUGGCGGUGUUUCGGCGAGGCUGAGCGCAUCAAAGGUACGCGCGUGGGAGAGAUAGUUGCUAGUCUAUGUGCCCGCAAUCUCAAGAAAUGUACACUCAAAUUGGGAGGGAACUGCCCGUUCAUAAUCUUUGACGAACGCCGACUUGGACCAGGCGAUCGAGCAAUUUAUGGCGCUAAAGUGGAGGCAAGCCGGACAGGCGUGUAUCACCGCGAACCGCCUAUAGGUGCAAGCGGGCGUCCACGAUCGAUUCUUGGCCCUGCUCAAGGAGAAAAAGGCCAAACUGCUCAUCGGCCAUGGCGUGGCCAGGGAAACCACCAUGGGACCUGUGACAAUACCACGAGCCCUGGAAAGAUUGCAAUUACAGAUGGGCGAGGCGCUAUAGCGUGGGCCACGCUGGUACUCGGGACUGGCAAGGCCACCACCGGCCCUGAACUUAAUAAUGGCUAUGUUAUGAGCUCGACCAUCCUCGCUAACAUGAAGGCCGAUAUGGUAAUGGCUCGGGAGGAGGCUUUUGCCCCCGUUUGUGGUUUGUUCAAGUUCGAUAUCGAGGAAGAGGUCGUAGCGCUGGCUAACGACACUAGUAUGGGACUUGUGAGCUACGCCUUCACCAAAAACGCCGAUCGUCUUUGGAGGAUGUUAGAUAGCCUAGACGCAGGAAUGAUAGGCCUGAACACCGAAAACUCCAAUGCGGCAGAGUCGCCCUUUGGCGGCAUCAAAGCGGGUGGUUACUGCAAGGAGAGUGGUACGGACGUCGCUGUCAACGAGUAUCUAAUCUCCAAGACAGGGACCCUGACUCUGUCUGGCCACUACUAA